GCGUCGCCACGGCGGUGACGCGUUCGUUUCGUGCGGCCAAUUUCCCCGUUGCAACUUUCUUCGCGAACGGCGGCGUACGCGUGGCCGCUCCUCGCCUUCGUUCCGCCGGAUAGUCGCAGCCGCGUAUCAAAGUCCCGAUCGAUCGGCCACGUCGCAUCGUCGCGAGCAACGGCCGCCUCGCGUUUCGUUUCACAUUUCGGGAGUUUCUCCCACGACGCCUACCUUCGCUUCGAGAUCGAUGUGAUCGAGAGGACGUUCGCGGCAAAGGUCGCGAUUACGCGUGUGAUUGAUCGCGCACCCGGAGCGAUCGCAGGUAACACGCCAUCACGAGUGGUGCGCGUCACUGGUGAAUCGUUGCGACAGGAUCACGGGUGUGUGUAUAUUUUGCGGUUUUUGGGUCAGAGGAAUCAAGAAUUGCUACCUACGAGGAGGAAGCGAAGUCUCCGUGGGACGAAGGUAGACGAAAUUGCGAGGCGUCGUUAACUUCUGAGCUUACAACUGUGUAAUUCGGUACUUGGCAAGCACCAAGUGAAGUGUCAGGCAAGCGAGAAAGACAAAAGUGAAGGAGGAGGGUGGUCUCAUUGGCGAGCGCUUUGGAUGAUGUCGGGCUGCUGCUGAGCGGUUUCGCGAAUGGAGUGAAUUGGAGGGCGCCCCACCUGCGGGAGGCGAGGCUCGCGCGGUGCACGAUUCUUGAUUCUCGAAGGGGCACACAUGCUCGCCUUCGUUUCCCCUUCAGCUCCGUAAGACAUCGGGACCUCCUUCACCGUGGUCCUCAAACGAGCCUCGCACUCCGUCAGGUACACAACUCACGCAUUCGCUCGCUCGUACGCAUUCACCGCGCCGGCACUCCACCGAAUUGCUACACGUGGACCGAGCGAAGGAGACAUGAUGUGGGUGUCGUACGCGUUCUACGGUCUGCUUUUGGCCAUCGCCAUUGUCAAUUGCAGUCCUGUCGACACGAGAGAAGUCAAGGAAGACGACCUCACUCCGCUGAACGAAGUCUUGGUAAUCGAAACUGAUGAUGCGGCCGAUGGCGAAAGUGGCAAUAGGGACAAGAGGAAGAUUGGCCUCACGUUGGGAGUAUCGAACGGCAUCAUUAAUUUUGUGUUUGACAAAGUGGAUUCCUUCAUAGACUCAAAAACGAAAGCGAUCUCAGUUCUCGACGAAUCUAACAAAGCGAAAAACCAAGCUUUCGGCAUCGACUCCAAGCAAUCGGCUACAUCGGAGUUCCUCAAUAAAUUGCUGUCUCAGAAGAUUCAGGCCGCGACUGGUAGCAUUGGACCCAUCAUAAACAGUGCGACGACAUUCUUCUCAGGUGCUUCGGCCGGCAUCACGAAGGCUUUGGCCGGGAAACUUGGACCUCUAAGUUCGCUUUCCGGUGGUGCGGGUGGUGGAGGCGGAGAGCAUGGAGGUAGCGGAGGAUCGGCCCUUAUCAGCAAUCUUUUGACUCAGAAGAUUGGCUCUUUGUCGAGCCUGAGCCAGGGUAGCGGCGGUCUAGGCAGUUUGAGCGGCGGUUUAGGCGGUUUAAGUGGCGGCAGCAGCGGUAAUAGCGGAAGCGACUCUCAUAACGGAAACGGCGGCAGCAAUACAGGCGCUGGGAUCAAUCUCGGCGCUUUCGCCAACCUGGGAGGGAGGAGCACUACUACGGAGGACACGGUAAUUUUUGACAGAAGUAGGGUAUCCUUGGAUAUACCAUCGAGCUCAUUCGGCACCGGCUUCUCCGUAGUAACUAACGUCAGCAAAAUUCUCAACGGCGUAAUCCUAAACUCAGCCCGUCGAACGCAGACGUUGCUGGAAAUCUUCAAGCCGUUAUUCCGGGGCACGUUCGCCAUAAAGGGUUUACCAUCGGACAACCACAAAUAAAGAGUCUCGGCUUUCUUUUACAUUUGCAUUAUUGCAAAUUAAUUGCUCAAUGAUCGCCGUUUCUCAUUGGGAAACGUUCCACAAGUUCCGAUAUUUUCUAGAUCAACAUUGUUGAUCAGAGCUUGUGAAGGCUGUUCCAAAGUUCCGUUGAUCAUAGAACAUCUUAGAUUUGAGAUAUAGAUAAGAUAGAACUGUGUAAUGGAAAUUACCUUGAUGUUGUUGUUAGUUAAUUUCUUAUGACGCCAUAUUUUUGCCUCAUAUUUUAUUCAUUAUUCUUGCGUUCUUGUUAUUUUCUUCUUUUAAGUUUAGAAAUGACUCGAAAAUUGGCGUCGUAAGUCAAAUGUGCGCUUUUAACUUCUAAAAGCGUAUAUUAUUAUAAAGAAAAUAGGUAGUUAUAUGAAUAGGUACUUAAUAUAUAUAUAUAUAUAUAUAUAUAUAUAUAUAUAUAUAUAUAUAAAUUAAAUGUAUAGAUAUAAAUGUUAAUUUAGAAAUAAUUUAGUCAAAUUUUAAUUAAUUACGAUGUGCGAUAUAAUAAAGAAUGAGGUAGGAGCGACAAUCAAACUCAUUUACAUAUCGUGAAACUAAUUUUGUUUUUUAUGUUUAAACAAAUAUUGAAAAACCUUCAGAGUAUUUGUGCGUUUAUUAGCCUGUAACUUAAUAUUUAAUUGCCAUAAUAAUUCACAUAAAAUAAUUCACAUUAAAUGAAGAAAUAUGUCCACUAGACUUUUUAUUUCAUCAUUUAGGAACAUGUUUGUGCUAUAAAAGAUGGCAACUUCUUAUUUAUCAAUACUAAUUUAUUACACAAUAAGUAGAUUCAUAAAAAUUCUGCACAAACAAAUAUGUUUAGCAGUGUUGAUAAUUUAUUAUCUGGACAACAGGAUUCAUAUUAUACAAGACCAAGCGGUCAGAGUGUCGCAUCUAGUGACACCAAGAACUCGACCAUGUAACAUUUUGCCGUUCACAUAACGAGGACACCUGAAGCAGAUGUAACGUUUUGCGAAACCUGUGCGUUUCUCGCAAUAACAUUAAGCAAUAAAAUAAUGUUUUAUUCAGAAAAUAAAAAAUUUGUUCCCUUGAAUCAAA